AUGCAUGGCGUUUAUCCGGCCGCAUUGGCAGCCACUGCAACUGAUUCAAAAUCAGCUGGUGCUAGAGAAGACUUGAAGCCCGAACAAGCUAGAGCACUGACAAUCCUUGCCGCUGGUACAGCUCUACUUAGUGGUGUUUUGUUAGUCGUAUAUUACAGUAAGCGUUGUCAUGUGACACGAGAGGGGUUAAAACCUGGGCAAAGUUUGAAAGCAAAAAAAGGACGCCGAUCAACUUCCAGUUCACUCAGAAAGACGGAUGAAUCAUCGAGGAGGGGAUCAAAGCGGAAGUAAUUAUUCACGAUUAAAAUAAUGAUAAAUAGUCAAGCAUAUCAUAGCAUAGCAUAGCAAGC